AUGCCCACCCACCCAACCGCCCUCGACAUCAUCCACUCCCAAAACCUCACCCACGCCCUCCCCGACAAAGUCAUCCUCAUCACAGGCUGCUCAUCCGGCAUCGGCGCCGCAACCGCCCGCGCCCUCGCCCACACAGACGCAACCCUCUUCCUCGCCGUCCGCGACAUCCCCAAAGCCCAACACGUCCUCGCCGACCUCCUCACCCCGGCCCCCGAAUCCAGCACCAACAGCACAAUCCACCUCCUCCCGCUCGACCUCGCCUCGCUCACCAGCGUCCGCCACGCAGCCACCGAGUUCCUCCGCCACAGCGACAGACUCCACAUCCUCAUCGCCAACGGCGCGGUCAUGGCGACGCCGCCGGGCCGCACCGCCGACGGCUUCGAGACGCAGUUCGCCACCAACCACCUCGGCCACUUCCUGCUGUUCGCGCUGCUGGCGCCGGUGCUGCUGCGGUCUGCGACGGAGGACUUCCACGCGCGCGUGGUGGGCGUGACUUCGUCCGCGCACCGGAAGAGCGGGGUGGAUUUUGAGACGCUGGGUGUGAGUCUCCGCGGGAACGGGGACGGGGACGGGGACGGGUAUGAUCCCGCGCGCGCGUACGCGCAGAGCAAGACGGCGAAUAUCUACAUGAUGAAUGAGAUUGAGAGGCGGUUUGGCGCGCGCGGGCUGCAUGGCCUGAGUGUGCAUCCGGGGGAUAUCUUCACGGGGCUGCAGAAGCAUGUGGAUGAGGAGAUCCUGAGGGAGUGGCGGAGGCCGGAGAUGAAGCCGUACUUGAAGACGGCGGAGCAGGGGGCUGCGACGGUGGUUGUGGCCGCCGUGGGGAGGGAGUGGGAAGGGAGAGGGGGCGUGUAUCUGGAGGAUUGUAGGGAGGGGGAGCCCGCGCGGCCUGGGUGUCGCGCUGUGGACCCGGGGUACGCAAUGCAUAUUUGGGAUCAGGAGAGUGCGGAGAGGUUGUGGGAGGAGUCCCGUCGGAUGGUCGGGGUGCAUGACGACCGGAAAGGAAACGAUAUAUAA